UUUUUUUUUUUUACAUUAACAUUUAAAUUUUAACAACAUAUGUACAUGAUUAAUUCACAAAUGCCUUAUGACAGAAUCUUGAUCAAAUUAAAUGCUGAGUUUGCUUGUUUGUAAACGUGCUUGGAUUAAUAAAAGCGAGUGUACAGUGAAUGAUGCAUGCUUUGACCUUGGUGGACGUACGUGUUUCAUCUCGUUCGCAGAUCAAGGUUGACACGGGUGAAAGAAGUGAUUAUGCAAAGAGCAUGCUACGGGUAUUGAUCAGCUGUUGAUCCUAAUUUUAAAGAGCUAAUAUUGCCGUCUGUGCAGGCGCGUCACCUAUGUAUAGAACCAGGGGGACCUGUCCCUUAUUUUGACAACGACUCCAAAGUGUGAUGACCACGCCAAAGUGCGAUGGUCUGCGCAAAACCCGGAUGGGGUGAGACUCCAAAGUACGAUGGUCAACACUCAUGCGCCAUUUGAAGUACGAUGGUGUGACACGCCAAAGUGCGAUGGUUUGCAAAACUGAAUGGACACAAUGCUUUGGUACAAAUAGACUACCGACCGUAUGUUAUUUCACCAAAAUAAGAACUUUGGUUGUCUUAUUAUACACAAACUUUUCAAACGCGAAAUUGUAUAGAAUGUUUUGCAUUAUAGCAUACCCCCCAGGAAUUUAUUACGUGUAACUCACAAGUAAUGAAUGAUCAUGAAAGGCGUGUUUGGACGGAGAGGCGUUGGACCACAGUGAUUGCUUGAAUUACUGUAUAUUACGGUUUUGAGUAAAUUUGUUGUAUAGGUGGAUUCUAAAUUAUGGGUAUAUUUCUAGACAAAAACUGAGGUGGUUUUUUUUUAUGACAUAGCAAAUCAUGGAUAAGAAUCAUAGUGUACUUCAUUGCCAGUAGUUAUCUUUGCUAUUUUAGUGAGAUGAAUAUCAAAUUCUUGCCUUUCAAUCAGAAAUUAGGUUUUAUAUCUUAAACAUGCAUGAAAUUAACUUCGUGUGAUUUCCAAAUAGGUAAAUGUAGCAUGGUUACUACGGUCUUUGAAAGCCUUCUACGCUAGACAGACAUCUACCUCACUAUGUAGAAUAAAAGAUUGUUCUGAAGAGGAAUUUGUGAGAGAACACUAUGUACAGCAAUCGCCCAACACUGUUGCAGGUGUUUGUGAAUUAUGUUAUUCAUUUCAAAAUCACAUUUUCUUGACAGAAUGGCGCCAAGAAAUGCAGCGGAGGAACCCAGCUUGAGGUCGGUGGAUCUUCCAGAGGCUCAUGCUGUUCCAUUAGUAACGAGACCUCCCCAUAAUAUCGUAUGGAGGAAUGUAAUAUUAAUGUCGGCACUACAUCUAGGGGGCCUCUACGCUCUUACGCUGAUUCCAAAGUCACACCCAAUGACUUGGAUCUGGGUGCUAUUCUACUAUGUGUUCUCUGCUUUGGGCAUUACUGCUGGUGCACACCGCCUGUGGGCCCACAAGUCAUACAAAGCUCGGGCACCGCUCCGAGGUCUGUUGGCAUUCAUGAAUGCGGCAGCGCUACAGAACGACAUCUUGGAUUGGUCACGUGACCAUCGAGUUCAUCACAAAUACUCAGAAACAGAUGCUGAUCCACACAACGCCAAGAGGGGGUUCUUCUUUGCGCACGUUGGUUGGCUACUGGUCAGAAAACACCCGGAUGUAAUGGAAAAGGGGAAGGGUCUGGACUUUUCUGAUCUGUAUGCUGAUCAAAUCGUCAUGUUGCAAAGAAGGUUCUACAGACCUCUGUCCCUGAUUAUGUGCUUUGCUGUCCCCUCCGCCGUACCUUGGUGUUUCUGGGGAGAAUCCCUCUGGAAUUCAUAUUUCUUGGCUGCCAUUUUGCGCUACUGUGUCUUGCUGAACGCUACAUGGUCUGUGAAUAGUUUUGCCCAUUUAUGGGGUACAAGACCUUAUGACAAACGAAUCAAUCCCGCCGAGAAUUUGAGUGUGGCCCUCAGUGCAGUGGGCGAGGGGUUCCAUAACUACCACCACACUUUCCCUAGUGACUACGCCACCAGCGAGUAUGGUUGGUACUUAAAUAUAACCACAGUGUUUCUCAACUGUAUGUAUUAUCUAGGACAGGCGUACGACAUGAAGAAGACACCCGCUAGAGUGGUGGACAUGAGGAAACAACGGACGGGGGAUGGAAGUUUCUAGUCAAUAAAUAAAUAGAUCAUCGUC